CUUUCGACUCUCUAGGGUUACGGCUUGACGAACGCAGCUGCUCUACGCGUUAUCUCCCUCUUCAAUUCGCGAACCGAAGAACCGAUCAAAACUGAUACAGAUUAAAACCCUCUAAGCUAGAAUCAUACUUCAAUUGCUCACAAGUUAACUUUGAGAAGGAAUUGGUUUUGAUUUUGGUAGAUUGGGUUUUGAGAAAGAUAAGCAAUGGCUGGAGUAUUGGGUGGGGAAUGUUCAUACAAUGAGAGUGGCGUUUCCUCCUACUCCAGGAACUCCAAUGAAAAUCAGGAAGAGGGUUCCCGCUGGUAUUUUGGAAGGAAAGAAAUAGAAGAAAACUCACCUUCCAGGUUGGAUGGUAUCGACUUGAAGAAGGAAACGUACCUCCGCAAGUCUUACUGUACCUUUUUGCAGGACUUGGGUAUGAGAUUGAAAGUUCCUCAGAUUACAAUAGCUACAUCAAUAAUCUUCUGCCAUCGGUUCUUCAUUCGCCAGUCACAUGCUAGGAAUGACAGAAGGACGAUUGCUACUGUCUGCAUGUUCCUUGCUGGAAAAGUUGAAGAAACUCCAAGGCCGUUAAAAGAUGUUAUUGUGGUCUCGUAUGAGAUAAUACACAAGAAGGAUCCUGCUACUGCACAGAAAAUCAAGCAAAAGGAAGUAUAUGAGCAACAAAAAGAGCUUAUACUAAGCGGAGAAAAGAUUGUACUUUCUACAUUAGGAUUUGACUUCAAUGUUUAUCAUCCUUAUAAACCUCUUGUUGAAGCAAUAAAGAAAUUUAAGGUGGCACAGAAUGCUCUGGCCCAAGUUGCAUGGAAUUUUGUUAAUGAUGGUCUGCGGACGUCACUCUGCCUGCAAUUUAAGCCUCACCACAUUGCGGCGGGUGCAAUUUUUCUUGCUGCAAAGUUCCUUAAAGUGAAAUUGCCAUCGGAUGGAGAGAAGGUAUGGUGGCAAGAAUUUGAUGUCACACCUCGACAACUGGAGGAUGUUAGCAACCAAAUGCUUGAGCUCUAUGAGCAAAACCGUGUUCCUGCAUCUCAAGGAAGCGAAGUCGAAAGUAGUGUAGGUGGAGGAUCAGGUCAUCACGUUGGUUCUAAACCAAUAUCAGCACAACGCGCAAGUCAUGAACAUUCAAAAUCUGAUAGUCAUGGAGGCUCGUCAAAAGCUACAGAAAACCACAGGAAUGAAAAUGGGAGUGGUGAGGCAGGUAGUGUCAUUACGGAGCAUACAGAAAAUCAGCCAGCCGAUAAGUCUAGACCGGGAGUUGAGGAACCGGCGAAGGACAAAACAGAGAGAACAGUUGCACAUCUUCCAGAUGAUAGCGCCGCUCAUGAUAAAUCUAGAAAUGUUAAUACAAGUGAUGUUCCGGUCAGCCAGUCGCCGAAAGACUUAAAACUGCUUAGGGAUAAGGUGAAGGCUAAACUAGAGGCUAAGAAGUUGCAAGGUGAAAGGACGAGGAAAAAGGAUCUGAUAGAUGAAGAUGAUUUGAUCGAGAGAGAACUUGAAGAUGUGGAAUUAGCUGUUGACGAUGACAAAGAUAACCAGAAGAAGAACUCCAAAACCAAUCAUAUGGGUACAGAACAGGGCGAUUUUCUUGUUGGAAACAACUUGGUGUGCAAUGCCGAAGAAGGUGAAAUGGUAGAUGAUGUUUCUUUAACAGUGCCUAGUCGGAAGAGGAAAAUGGAAAGCCCUUGUGAAAAGCAGUUAGGAGAAGGAAAGAGGCAACACAACGACAACAGUGAGAAUGUUGAAGAAAGUCAGAAGACAAGCGGAGGAGGAAGUAGUAGUCAUAAUAGUCAUGGUGACUGAGAGCUAAAACGACACUCCCAAGAGAGGUAAAUGAACUUUGUUUUCACCAUCUCAUGAGUCUCUAAGAGACAUUUGGCAAACUUUGAUACCCAGCCAUGGUGCAAACGAACUCGGUGUAUUUAUCAAACUUUUCUUUUUGGCACUUGUACUAUACAAUCCAACGGUUGAGAAACUAAACCAGGUUUCCAUCCAUCAGAAACCUCCCUUGGGUUAGGGACUAUAGUUUUGCAUUCCAUUUGUAUUUUAUAGGCAAGAGAAAACCUCUUGAUGAUUUUGUUUUGCCGAUUUAUGCAAGAGCCAUUGUUAGUUUUUGA